AUGCGUUUGUAUCAAAACUUGAGCGCAUUUAUGAUCAUUCUGGGACCAAGUUUUUCAAUUGCGAGUGUAACCCCGUCUUGGGUCGUGGAGCAUCUCGGGAACCUAUCUCCUUACAAGAAAGCACCCCUACAGUCUGGAAUACAGGAGACUCUUCCUUCAGAUUGCAACGUCAAUCAAGUGUUUUAUAUUGGCCGGCACGGGUCUCGAUAUCCACUUGCUUCAGAGCUAGUUUUUAUCCAAGGUCUCUCUUCUAAACUCGCAAAGGCAUCGGCUUCCAUUCAUUCUGCCCACCUUCCUUCCGAACUCGAGUUCCUUAAAUCUGGCUAUAACACGACUCUGGGACAUGAUGACCUCACUCCACCCGGAAGACUACAGCUCUUUGAACAUGGCGUUAACUUCAAAUUAAAGUAUCCGCAGCUUCUCAUUGAUGAACUUCUUGUUGGGGGGCAAGAUAGAGUUGAAGAGUCCGCACAGUGGUUCCGUGAAGGAUACUUUGGACGCAAAUGGGCUAAUACAUCUACAUUCACAAUCAUCCCAGAGGAUAGUAAAACUAUUAGUUUCAUCACCCCCUCAUUUACCUGUCCAAAAUGGCAAUAUGCAUAUGGUAACAAUCUGACCGUUGAAUGGGGAACUCAUUACCUCCCACCGAUCACCAAACGCCUCAACAAGCUAGUCUCCGGCGUUAACCUGACUGAUGCCGACACACAUGGUGCACUUUAUGCUUGUGCCUAUGAUACCGCGGCGUAUGGUAUUGAAAAAUCCCCGUGGUGUGGAGUUUUUAGUCAAUCAGAGCUAUUGGAUUUUGAAUAUGAACUUGACUUAUUGAUGGUCGGAGCGUUCGGAUAUGGCCUUCCUGAUGGAAUGGGAGCACUACUUGGCUCAACCAUUGUUAACAAGAUUAUCCAAACAUUCACUAAGUCGUCAAGCUCGCUCGUUUCUUUCGGACACGAUACCACCAUUGAUUUUGCGUUGACAGCAUUGGGACUUGCUAAGGACACACCUCCCCUGUCUCCCAAUGUUUCUUCGCCAAAAUCUAACCGCAAAUGGCGCACAACAAACCAGGUCCCGUUUGGUGCCCAGAUGAUCUUCGAGAAAUUCACUUGCACUUCCAGCGCUAAAGGGCCUCAAAUUCGGCUCAUCCUAAAUGAUUCGCCCCUCCUUAUGUCCUCAUGUGCCAAAACAAGUCUCGACAAAAAACUCGGAGCCUGUUCUUUAGAUGCAUUCGUAUCAGCUAACGCAGCGAGUACCGGCAUUAAUUGGGGGGAUAGCAAAUGGAACACUACUUGUGGAAAUCCGGAGAUAUAA